AUGAAACGGUUCUACUAUCUUCUCUGUGUAUGCUUGCUGUCGUGCAAUGUGGUGCACGCCUCCUAUUCUCACUUGCAAGCGAUUGAUUUCUCGCAGCUGCAACAGCAGCAGAAAUCAUCAAUUACACAGCAGCAGCAGCAACAACAGGACCAACAAUCGCAGGAGCAAACUGACACCACCACCGACUCAUCCGAAGACUAUGACAGCCACCCGCAGUACAGUUUCGCUUACGAUGUGCGCGACACGCUGACCGGCGACGAAAAGCAGCAGGAGGAAAAACGGGAUGGUGACCUAGUGCAAGGACAGUAUUCGCUCGUUGAACCCGAUGGCACACGCCGUGUUGUGGAGUACACCGCUGACGAUAUCAACGGCUUCAACGCCAUAGUCUCCAAACAAUUGGUGGAUGAGCGCUCUCGCGCUUCCGCUUCGGCCACAGCUUCAUCCUCACGGUACAACAGUUUCGAAACACUGCAAUCACAAAUUCAAACACAGGCCAUCGCCGAAGCUCAAGCCCAGGCUGCAUCUUAUGCCGAGGCUCAGGCGCUCGCCGAAGCACAACUCCAAGCGCAGGCUAAGGCACAUGCCGAGGCCAUGGCUCAAGUACAAAGCGACGCCGAAUUGCAGGCGCGCAUACAGGCGGAAGCCCAGGCACGCGCUCAAGCCCAGCAACUGAUGGAACAGUUUCAGCAACAGUACAAACAACAACAGCAACAACAGCAGGAACAACAGGAGCAAUUAGCACAACUGCAACAGCAGCAGCAGCAACGCCAACAGCAACAACAAUUGCGUACACAAACCCAACAGGCACAAGAGCGCCUGACCAACGAGCAAGCCCUACUGCUGUCGCAAUCACUGCCCUCACGCACACUCGGACACAGCGUGCAUGCUACUGUAGUUUCACACCCACCCACGAUCUUGUCACGCACACCCAGCGGCAGCGUCUACGCCCAACAACGCGACCUAACCGCACUGAAGGAGUUGCGCGACGGUAGCGCACGACAGAUCAUCGAACGCACCAACCUCCCGCAGAUAGUGAUUACUCAACCGGCUAGCGCAACGGUACAAGCUCAAGUCAUACACUCACCAUUGUUAUUGGACGGCAGCUCUGGCGCAACAGGCAUGCGUAGCGUCAUCUCUACAAAGAUCACCAAUGGCAGCGGCAAUGGCGGACGCAGCAGCACCAUUUCACUACGUGGAGAUGCCGGGCGCCUGAGUGCCGCCGACCAAUUGCUGAACCAGCUCGACACUGACGAUGAUGACACACUAACACGCAACAGCCUGCGACUGCUCAGCGGCGGCACCGGCAGCAGCGGCAGCGGUGGCAGCAUCAAGGGACGCACCAACGGCGGCUUAAGUGGCAGUAGUAUCGGCAGCAGCGGUCUGAGCGGUUUCGACAGCAGCAGCAGUGGCUCCGAUGAACGCGGCAGUGAUCGUGAGGGAAAUGUAUUGCGUAACGGACUAAGAAAUUCGAAUAGACGCUUGCAGAGCCUCUUCUCCAGCAGCGGCAGUGGUUCGAACGGAAACGGCAGUGGCAAGUCGACAUGGUAAAUAAAACGGGAAAUCGGAAAAUACAAACACAACAAAACAAAAAUACUUUUAAAUUCAAACGAUUCUAAAACGAGAGAGAGAGAGAGUAGGACGAAAAUGCAAACGAAUGAGUAGAAUAGACAAUAAUGAAUGUAGAGAGAAAUAGAGCGUGUUAGCGUAUAACGGUAAAUGUAUUCAAAGAAAACUAGUGUGAUCAACAGUCAGCAACGCGAUUUGGCAACAGACCCUGGCUAUUGUAUAACGGACUAUGAUUUGCAGCAGCCGCCAUCAGUAACGGCAUUAACAUAGGCUUAGAAUUAGUUUGUAGACUUGUUUGCAUUUUUCUCAGUAGCAUUUAAUUACUAACAGACUUGUGGUAGAGAACUAUUUAGUUGACUUAUAUAUGUAUAUAUAUACUUGUAUUUUCGGGAUUUGGGUGAAUUUCAGCUAUCGCUUUUCUGUCUACGCUUAACACAAUUACAUACUCACAGGCGCGCGCGCACUAACUCGCUCACUAACAACGCUUUUACUACGCUUUCUGCGAGAACAUACGAAACGUGAACGAACAGUUAACCGUUAUAAACACCCACUAUACGCAUGUAUAUAAAAACGCUUUCAUUAUUUCUAUGUAAAAUAUUUAUUUCCAAGCGAAAACUUUGUGAUUUAGACUUACUUUAUGUUGUCUGAAAAUAUUGUAUCUAUAGCUUACUCAGCCGAAGAACCUAUCCGUUUAGUAUUUUGAUGUUUACAGAAACUAUUUUAUUUUCUUCUAAGUCGAUUUAUAAAUAUUUAUGUACACUAAAGUGUUGUUCAUGUUAACGUUAUGUGACUAACCAAGCUUCAUAUAAUUUAUUCUUACUAAUAUUCAAUUCAAUGUUUUUAUAUUUUUGUAUUCAACAUGUUCUCACAUUUUAAGAAUCUAGAUAUUUAAGUGCAACUUGC